CGCUCAGGAGGAAGGGGCGGGGCCGAGGGGCGGGGCCGAGCCGGGCUUGGACUCCGAGCUGUUCCUGCAGUUUCGAUUAUGCUGAGGGCGUUGUCACCUGGUAAGGCGUCCUCAGGACCCCAUCUCUUUCCCCUUUACAAAACAAGAAUCCAGAGACGUUUGGGCUUUCUCAGCGCCCAAGGCAUAGUGCUCAAAUUUGACUAACGGCCAAUGUGGUGGGAUUUAAAAUCCUCGAUGAAAUCCUACCUUUUCCUUCCUUGCCCACCAUAGCAGAGUCUCCUAGUAGAGGGGACUUGACCCUGUUGGUAAACAAGAGUCCCUGCUCCCCACUUACGGCACAUCACUCGAAGUCUCCGCUGAAGGGAGCUGAUCACCUCCACCCUACCCUAGAAGCCCUUCUCCCCAAAGGAGCAUUCCAGAAAACCCAGUCUUGCAGCUGAGAAGAGCCUGGAAUUCCAGACCUAAACCAGUGAAAAAUCCCGCUGAACUAUGGGUAAGGCACUCUCCCAGCUCACCUCUCAGAAGGAUGAGGACAAGCCUAUCCUACCCGAUAACCCAGCCACUGCUAGCAAGGCUGCCAACUACCUCAGCACUGGGAGCAGCAAGCCAGCACACUCCUGUGUGCCUUAUGACAAGACUGCUAGUACCAGCUUUGUGACUUGUCCUACCUGCCAAGGCAGUGGGGAGAUCCCCCAAGAGCUAGAGAAGCAACUGGUAGCCCUCAUCCCUUAUGGAGACCAAAGGCUGAAGCCCAGACGCACGAAGCUGUCUGUGUUCCUGGCGGUGACCAUCUGCCUGCUGACCUUCUCCCUCACCAUCUUUUUCCUGUAUCCACGGUCCAUUGCUGUGCAUCCUGUAGGCCUCAACUCCUCCACGGUAACCUUCGAUGAAAAGCAAAUACAGCUCAACAUGACGAAUGUCCUGAACAUCUUCAACAGCAACUUCUAUCCCGUCACGGUGACACAGCUGACGGCUGAGGUGCUCCACCAGGCCUCUGUGAUCGGCCAGGUCACCAGCAGCCUCCACCUGCACGUUGGCCCUUUGGCUGGUGAGCAGACGCCUUACAAAGUUGCCAGCAGGAUUUUGGAUGAAAACACGUACAAAAUCUGUACAUGGCCGAAAAUCAGAGUACACCAUAUUCUUUUGAAUAUCCAGGGUUCUCUGACCUGCUCCUACCUGAGCCAUCCACAGCAGCUGCCCUUCGAGAGCUUUGAAUAUGUGGACUGCAGGGAAAACAUGUCAAUGCCCCACCUGGAGCUCCCUCGCCCGGCCUGAUCUGUCCACUGCCCCUUGUACUCCAGGCGCCUGCAGGCUGGUCUGCAGCUCCUCUCCGUGGAGCUCAGGGAAAGACUGUAGUGGCUUUGUUAAAGGAAAAGUCCUGCUUUUGGCUGUGCCUUCCCCUAACACCCUCAGCACAUGGAGUUUCUGUAACAAUGUCAUAGUCCCCGAGUCCUCAGAUCCCCAGGAGUCACUUCUGAUGGAUCUUACCCAUGGUCUGUGUGGAGGACCGUCUAACUUGGCAUUGUCUUGGGACUGAGCAUAUUGGUUACCCAGCUUCACCACCGUGGGUCUUCAGUUGCAAGGAAGAGAAAGCUGUAGUUUUAUCUAGACUUUGCAGCAUGGAUGAAUAUUUUUCAAGUUCUCCUCCCAGUAAUAAGUGGCUUUGGGGAUGUCCGGUGCUGUUUCCAAGGUCGUCUUAGGUGACUAUCAAUGUUGUCCUGUGCUGUCUGCUUUGGUCAUGUGAUAAUGAUGGUGAUAGUCUCCUUCUCUCAGUAAAUGGUGGACAGUGAGGCCCUCAGCCUUCCUGGUUCAGGAUACUAUCAUCCCUGGUUUCCAGGCAGGCAGAUUUACACCACCUAAACGCUUCUCUAUAGAAUAGCUCUAAUGCUGUCUUCCCAGCAGGAGCCAAGGCGCAGAGGAGAAGCCGUCUGGGGCACCCUAGAGCAAAGGCAGAGCCAUUUGAAAAGAUAUUUAUUAAAGGAACUUUUCUAAGCCCACAAUCCAGAGCCCAUGUGAGUGGACACAGGUAAUACAGGCAGUAGAGUAGGCCCAGGGGCUGUGUUCAGAAAACCUGAAGGACAUAAGCUGUUGAUAUUGGGCCAAAAGAUUCUCUGUAUCAGGCCCACCCUCUGUUCCCAAGGCCUCUGCUGUCCUCUGGGAUAUGACUGUGAAGAGACACCAGACAGACUCACCUAAAUGUCCUUCCUUGCCUGUCACUACACUGGAGCCAAACCACAGGUGGAGGUGAUGUCUGUGUUGGAGAGCAGGAGCGUGUCCUUAAAGCUAGCUAGCCUUUGCCCACCAGACAGGUCGAAAGACAAAGGGCGGUGUGGUUGGGGAAAGCUGAAUUUGAAGUAAGGAAGAUGCAAGGAAAUGGUGGUAACAGAACUGGCUAACUAGCCUGGGGCUACACAGAGGGAGAGAAAGUCUGUGUGCACCAGGCUUUCCCUCCUGGGUAGCCAGGGUUAAGGUAUACCAACAAAACAGACACCCAGGGAAGUCAAGCUGAGGUUGAAGUAUAUAUAAACCAUCAAAUGUAAAAAGAUUUCUAACAAUAAAUUCUUAUUUAGCCGUGCUGAAA